AUGUCCAACCCCUUCGACAUCAAUGGCGGUGCCUGUGUCGCCAUGGUGGGCAAGGACUGCGUCGCCAUUGCCUGCGACCUCCGUCUGGGCAUGCAAUCCCUGACUAUCUCCAAUAACUUCCCCAAGAUCUUCAACUACGCCCCAUCCACUUACCUCGGCCUGACUGGCCUGGCCACCGAUGUCAACACCGUCUCCGAUCUUUUCCGCUACAAGGUCAACAUGUACCGCCUGCGCGAGGAGCGCGAUAUCGCACCCCAGACUCUGGCCAACCUAGUGAGCUCAUCGCUCUACGAGAAGCGUUUCGGUCCUUUCUUCGUCAGCCCCGUCCUGGCUGGUAUCAACCCUACAACGGGGAAGCCGUUCAUCUGUGGAUUUGACAGCAUUGGCUGUAUCGAUUUCGCCAAGGACUUCAUUGUCAGCGGAACAGCAAGUGACCAGCUGUUCGGUACUUGCGAGGGUCUCUGGGAGCCCAAUCUGGAGCCUGAGGACCUCUUCGAGACAAUCUCACAAGCGCUGCUUAGUGCCGUCGACCGAGAUGCUCUCUCCGGUUGGGGUGCCCAGGUUUAUAUCAUAGAGAAGGACAAGGUUACCCAGCGGCUAUUGAAGGGACGACAGGAUUAG